AUGAAUGUGGUGAUGCUUUUUUCUUUCUUAGAGCCGGUCAUCACCUUGAACCCGGACCGUCCUUCGAUCAGUGUAACUCUGAAGGUUAGGUACCUAGGUAAUAACAGUGACAGAAAGCUGUGGCCGCCCGAGACCUCCGAACCCCUUGUGCCCCCCUCCGUCUCCCUCGUCCCAGAGGUACCUUUUCCUCCCAUCAUAUACUUACUUGCGUCAACCUCUCACCUUGACCGUCUUCACCGCGUACGUCAACAGCACACACGCCGCGCCGCUGCCGCUGCCGCUAACUCUCCCUGCUGUGACGACCGCCGAGAGAUUCUGCAAGCAAUAGAUGCCGGCGUCAUGAAUGACCCACGAGCGGGGAGGCGAUCGCAGUCUCCUCUGUUCCUAGUUCUCGUUGUUGCUCUCCUCUUUUUCGCCGUGACCGUCGAGGCGUCCUACGGUGACCGGUUGCCAGAGUUCCGAGAAUGCGUCCAAGUCUGUCACGAUGAGAAUUGCGCCCCAGGCAAGGAGGCCACGCCAAUCCCCCUCCACCGCCGUCUACUCUUCUGGUCCUGCGCCUCCGAAUGCGAUUACACGUGCCAACACAUAAUCACGAAACAGCGCAUCGCCGCUGGCGAGCGCGUGGUCCAGUUCCACGGCAAAUGGCCCUUCUACCGCUUCCUCGGCAUCCAGGAACCCUUCAGCACACUCUUCAGCCUGGGCAAUCUCUGGGCCCACCACGACGGCUGGCGCAAGCUCCGCGCCGUCCUCCCGGCCUCCUACCCGCUUCGCCCCUGGUAUGAGUGGCUCGCCGGCGUGGGCAUCGCCUCGUGGAUCUUCAGCGCCAUCUUCCACACCCGCGACUUCGUUGCCACCGAGCAGCUCGACUACUUCGCCGCCGGCGCGAGCGUGCUGUACGGGCUAUACUACACCGUCGUGCGCAUCAUGCGCCUCGACCGCCCCACGCCGCGCCGGAGGUCGGUCUUGCGUGCGUGGACUCUCCUAUGCGUGCUGCUGUACGCCGGGCACGUUGCCUAUCUCAAGGGCGUACGCUGGGAUUACACGUAUAACAUGACGGCCAACGUCAUUGUUGGUAUGAUCCAGAACGUCCUCUGGCUGUGGUUCAGUUUCAGGAAGUACAGGCAGUCGCGUAGGGGAUGGGCCAUCUGGCCGAGUAUCGUCGUCGCUAGUGUCAUCACGGUCAUGAGUCUGGAGCUCUUCGACUUCCCGCCAUUAUGGGGUGCCCUGGAUGCGCACAGUCUGUGGCAUCUGGGCACGAUUCCGCCCACGAUACUGAUGUACAGGUUCCUUGUUAAGGAUGCGCAGGAUGACAUGGCUGGAAGCGAGCGGCUCAAGUCUUGAGUAAGUAGUUGGAAGUGGCCCGUCGCAGUGGACAUCAAUGCCUGUUUCUGCAUGAGGAUACGGCUUGCCGGGGCGAAAUGAAAGGCUUCGAAUUCGACACAUCGCCAUCCGCCGGACUUACCAGUCUGGAGCUUUGUUAGAUGGAAGCUACGGAGCAACGGAAAAGAGAUGGAGUAAAGCACCACUGUAUACAGCAGGAGAUUGUGCAAGCUCGGCAUAUGGUGAAGAUGUAAUGGUCUAUUUUACCAUGUUCUCCGACCCUCAUUAGGCCGGGGUAGUAGAGAAGAAUAUGUAACGAAUAUGACGGUUUCCAGUGGCAUCAACAAAAGUGUGGCAUCUUGUUUCCGGCCCACGCAAUCUCAAGACUCCUUCCUUCCUAUAGGUACGCAAGCAAUUUCACAAGCUAAAACAUCCCCUUU